CGACGAUGAACCAUCGUGCGCGAACGGUCUUAUCGCUAAGACUCGGUUCUUAUUAAUUUUCCGAAUUCCUGCUGGCAAACUUGCAGGAAGCAUUGACUCCUUCCUCCCACUGUGUCGGGUACUGGUACAGCGGGCGGUUUGUUCCAACAGUGUGCUGCAGGGCUGGAAUGAUAGGAAAAGGCCAGACACUGGUCCUUCAUCCUCAACCUCCCGAUUUUCUAUGAAGGGGAGGAGGAACUCAAUAUUUAGGCCAUCAUCCUUCACUCCCCCCAGUCGUCUCAUUGUGAGCUAAUGCCAAUUCAUAGUCCGAAAGACAUCAUUGAAGCCGAAGAGCGGAGGAUCAAAGCUUGAGAACCAGAAUUACAGACAGCCCUGUGAGAAGUACCUAACCUGAUGAGGAAGCACAUUUGCGCGGCCUAGUAGUCUUGGCCAUUGGUUUUCCCAGGGCAUAUCAAGCCAUUCCCCAGCAGAGCCAGCAUCCCGCAUCAUGCCGUUCAACCAAAAUCUCCUUUUGUCUUAGGCAUUUGAAGAUUUCCUAAAUUGAUGAAUACCAUGGAAAUUCGGAUGAACGAUGCCAUGAGUUCAUACUAGGGUGGCCAAACCAGGGUAAGGGGUUGCGUAUAUAUCCCGGCCUUGCGUCUCUUUUCCUUUUUCUUGACUUUGUUGUACUUCAAUACUAUAUUUUUGAACUUCAACGUCUAUCAGACUAGUAAGCACCGAACAGGACCUCAACCCCUCUCCAGAAUCCUCUACCUCCUGGUCCGCGAAACGACUGUGUGGAUCAAAAGUAGCUAAUCAUAACGCUUUACUGCCAGCGGGUAGUAGUCCAAAAUGAGUGGUUCUGGAGGCUAUUAUAAGUAUCGUUGCAAGUACUUUUACACGCACAAUUGUCCUCACUGGGUUUGGGUGAACAACGCGCCAUGCGCUCAUUGCUUGGUGAGCAAAGGUUUCUCUGAAAUAUCGAUAUACUGGUAGGUACUGAUGUAAAGUUAGGCAGACGGGCGUGAUUUCGACACAAGCAUGAUACCCAAUCCUUUUCGGUUAUCCCACGAAGUGUAUGUGCCCCAAAUCGAGAAUGGCGCAUUGCAGUACAUUAUAUUCAAAAUUGUCGCUACAAGUGAUAUGGAUAGCGGUUGGACCAUAAAAGAUCACCCACAAACAAGCCAAUUGUUUCCUACAGCCACGGGCCCUUCUGCUGUAAAUCUGACGGCAGCUGUCGACAAUCGCCAGAAGCAGAGGACCAAGCCACUUGGAGAUCAGGGAAGUGGGGUGGGAUGGAAUAAUACUAGGAGUACCGCUUUCGAAUGAUUUCAUCCAGUGCGCGGUCCUGAGUCAAACGUCGUUUGUUUGUAGCCGAUCUAGGUGGGAUUCUAUUGAAAGGAUACCAAAGCUUUUUUAUUUGAAAUUGAAAGGUGUUGCGAUGUUUUGAGAUUGAUUUGAUCACUUAGAUCCGUAUUCUGUUAUCUGACCAGUCUCAUCAUGGCGACUUGGAGGAGUUUGGAAGAUUAUUCGGAUAUGAUGUGUGGAUCUGUGGGGAGAUAAUUGAUGGGGGUACUAUUGGAUAUACCGGAAUUGGUGAAUUUUUGGAAUUUCUUGAUUGAACCAAAGCGAAGGACAGGAAAACAAUGGCAACCAAAUUUCUUCAUGAGCUCGACCACUCGAACAUCGAGAACAAGUUUUGGGAGGGUCCCACAACAUCAUUCGUGGAAAGGGUUCCUUUGAAAUAGAACAUUUGCCCGAUUGGCACUUUCCUUGGACGGCAGAGUUAAUUUGUACAUGCAAGAAUGCUGGUAGCAGACGUGACACCCAACAAAUCAGAACGAGGGCGCCUCAGGGCGACAGUCUGACCAGGUCUGUCCUGGUCUAAUAAGGUCCACGUUUCCUUGGUUCGAGUAGGGUUGAGAGCCGAUAUGCUGUCAGCAGAGGGUUCAUACCAAAGAGAAGCGGACAGAAGCAGAUGACGAUAGCCAGAGAGAUCUUUGAAGCCGUCGACUUAAUGCGAUUCGAUGGUUCAGCGCGAGUCGACCAGGUAAUCGUACCAAUAGAAGCUGCCUCGUCGUUGGUGGCGGCAUGGUAUGGCACACGGCAAGAUGUGAAGUAGCAUUAAGGCCUGCAUUGCAGCAUCCUAGGCAUCCUAGGCAUCCUAGGCAUCGUAUUGUAGACGUGGGUUGGACUUUGGUAACGCCUGUCGGGAGUCGGAGAAUAGAAUGGCAUGACGGAAAAGGCUGCUCCCCAAGAUAUUAAAAAGGUGUCAUUUCUCGAAAAUGUGACAGAAUCCGCUCUCCUCGACUCUCUCCUUCAACUCAACCAGACUUUCUUUGCUGGAAGGAAUCGGUGGCAGCGGAAGAGAAGCCGUUGAUCUCAAUAAUAUACCUGAACCAUUGAAGAAACCAAAUGAACGACGUUGUAGCCUGACCACGGCAGGCCACCCAACCGAGGUUCCCCCUAGCGCCUCUCGCCAUUCCAUCCGAUGUCCCCUUUUUUCUUCGUCGACACGUGUUAAUUGCCGACGUCUCUCCUGAGGUCAUUGUCAUCAAAUGGCAGGUCGAGAAUGAUGGGAUUUAGCAAGAGUGCUGAUCCGCAAGCAUUUGGUUGAAUAUGAUUGGGGGAAAAUCAUGGAAUUGGGACUUUUUGCCUUGUUUCAGUCAACCGACCAGCAGCGGAGAGCCUAUCAUUUCUGGUCAUAAUUGCCAAUAGAAAGCUGGAGCGGGAAGUGAGAGAGAACCCUCGGUUAGACGAUGUUGAUGAUGUUCAGUCCAGUGGAGCAGAGCCUCAUUCGCUUGGAAGGUCGAGGUCUGAGAUGAGGACAAAAUACUGGCUAAGUUCUCCAGUCUUCUUACGUGGUGCCUAGAUAUCAGUUUCCAUCCAACAAGGUGGAAUAGUGCAGCCAUGGAUGGAUGUUAGAUAAUAUAUGAAGCUAAAAUUUACAUCAAUAGAAUCUGGGCUGGUCAACUUG